CUGGAGGAGGAAGAGCCGACAGAGAAGAGCGUUCAACUUGGGGAAAGGGAAAGACUCUGCGGUUGGGCGAUGUGGCUCCCCGCUGAUCGGGAUGUGGGCAGCACAUGGCUCGCCCUCCGCAGCGGACUGUGGAAAUCCUGGUUCCGCUGGGGCUGGACUGGGAUCCAACGGAUGGACUACCAGUAUACUCCCCGGUGCGAGAAGGUGUUUCGCCAGGAGAUGGAGAGACGAGGACUGGAGAUGAAGGAUGCGUGGUAUCUUGUGAACAUCUGUGUUGACCCUGCCGAGCAAGGCAGAGGAUACACCUCCCUGCUCAUGUCCGCCGCCAACUCCCGCUGGCCAGAGAAGCCCAUGCUGCUCGAGUCGAGCACCCCUAAAUCGCGUGACGUGUACCUGCACCUGGGGUUCGAGCUCCUCGAGCAGGUGAACUUGGGCAGGGGGGAGGUGACUCCCGAGGGGGUGCUGGGGGAGGACAGGGAGGGGAUCACCCUUUGGUGUAUGAUCAAGGUUUGAACGUGGGGAAGCAGCGUGUUCUUUGCGUCUGCACAAUCAGUAGACCCGCACCAUGUCGACUUGCUGCGCGGCCGGAAACCUUGGGCCAGAUCCAACCGCUCACAGUUCCACCAGCUUUGCAUAUUCUCGAAACCCCAGGAAUAUACUUGGAUAGACCGUGCCCGUCGGGGCUGUCUGAGAAGCAC